UUCGUUUUUGACAAAUACAUGUAAUUUAAAUACAUGUAAUUUAUGAAAAAUGAUUUUGCAUAAAUUAUAGUAAAAUGUCUAACGUGAAAAAUUUUGGUGGUGCAAAAUUGUUAGUACGAAAAUGUUUCAAAUCACAAUACCGAAAUACUGCUUGGUUUGCAAAAGUUCCGAAAGCUCCUCCUGAUCCAAUUUUUGGUCUUCUAGAAGCCUAUAAACGUGACACUUCGAAACAAAAAGUAAAUCUAUCAGUAGGAGCGUACAGAGACGAUGCAGGAAAACCCUUCGUUUUACAAAGCGUUCGCAAGGCCGAAUUAAAAAUUAUGUGUAAAGAUAUGGAUAAGGAAUAUGCAGGCAUGAUAGGGGAUCAAGUAUUUGGAAGAAAAGCCUUUGAUUUUGCAAUGGGAGAAUGUAAUGAAUUCUCAGAAUCUGGUCGAGUUGUUUUCUGUCAAUCGCUUUCCGGAUCAGGAGCAGUUUGUGUAGUAGGUGGAUUUUUGUCUAAGUUCUUUUCAAAAAGGGUAGUUUAUGUAUGUGAUCCCACCUGGCCCAAUCAUCAUGGCAUUCUUCGAUAUGCUGGACUAUGUACGAAAACAUACAGGUACUACAACUCUAAAACAUUAGCCCUGGACUUCGAAUGUUUGAAGGAAGAUUUGCACAAAAUACCCAGUGGAUCCAUAGUGUUGUUUCACGCCUCAGCCCACAACCCCACAGGAAUUGAUCCUACACCCCAGCAAUGGGAUGAAAUUGUUCGUAUUUGUAAAGAGAAGCAAUUUUACAUCGUUGUUGAUUUUGCGUAUCAAGGUUUUGGUUCAGGAGAUCCCGAGAAGGAUGCAUACGCUGUACGUCAGUUUGCUAAAGCUGGGAUGGGUAUGGCCAUAUGUCAAAGUUUCGCCAAAAAUAUGGGAAUUUAUGGAGAACGAACUGGUCUGGCCUCUUUCAUCUGUGACUCUCCAGACGAAGCAAAGCGAGUGGAGUCCCAAGUAAAACUAAUAGCCAGAUCUAUAUACUCAAAUCCACCAAUUAAUGGUGCUCGAAUAGCCCUAGAAAUUUUAUCUGAUAAAGAACUCAAAAAAUUAUGGCUAUCAGAACUCAAAGGGAUGGCAGAGAGAAUCAAGUGGACCAGAAAAACUUUAAAAGAGGGUUUAAUCAAAGCUGGAUCAAAAUUGAAUUGGGAUCAUCUAACCAACCAGAUAGGUAUGUUUUCGUAUACCGGUAUAAAAGCUCCCGCUGUAGAAAAACUAAUAAAGAACUAUCACAUAUAUAUGAUGAAAAAUGGAAGAAUAUCCAUGCCAGGCCUUAACUCUAAAAAUAUCGGUUAUGUCUGUGAGUCUUUCCAUAAAGCCACUUCUGACAAAAAGUAAAUGUUACUGUGAUAGACGUUUUUGUGCUGAUAAAAAAGACGAAUAUAUUAUACAUACAUAUAUUUUUGUAUUAAAAAUAAAAUUUUUGCUACUUUUCAA